AUGGCACAGGAUCUGUGGCUCUUCGGAUAUGGGUCGGUCAGACCAACUCAAACCACAUUCUUGCUAAAGAUCUACAGAAGCCUAAUAUGGAAACCUGCACCUCACUACGACCUUCGAGUUCCUGGCUAUAUCAAGGGUUAUGUUCGUCGCUUCUGGCAAGCUAGCGAGGAUCAUCGUGGGACUCCGGCUUCGCCAGGACGUGUAGUGACUCUUAUCGAGCGCUCCUACUGGGAGACACUUGGUGAGCAAGUCACGACUUCGGAACCGCAUAAAGUCUACGGCGCAGCGUAUCGUAUUCCAGCCGCUCAUGUCGAGGAAGUCAAGAAGUAUCUGGACAUUCGGGAGAUCAAUGGGUACAGUAUACAGUACACGACCUUUCAUCCAAGUGGAAAUCACUCAGUCCCAAGUGAUGUUCCUGAUCAUAAACCUGCAGCAGCGCUCCAUUUGCCAUCUGACAAAGUUUCUCAGCCAAUACAGAAUUGUCUUGUGUACAUUGGCCUUCCCAGCAACCCCCAAUUUCUAGGGUUGCAGACCCCAGAUGCAGUCGCGCAAGUCAUUAGUCAGAGUAUUGGGCCGAGUGGACGAAAUGACGAGUAUCUCUUCAUGCUAGAAACAGCGCUUGAUUCGCUCGAUAGCGAGGCUGGAGAUUCACAUAUAAGCGAACUAGCAAGGAAAGUGAUGCAAUUGACGAAAGUUAGCCAGGAGAAAGCUGCAGCGCAUGAAAUCGAUAGAGUUGCUACUGGAAGAGGCGAUGUACCCAGGGAAGAGACAGAGAAGUCGGUCGUAGCUGCAGCAAUUGGAGAUUGA